AUGUUUCUUCUGGGUUUCCCUUUCAACUCAAUCACACUUGUUAUGCCUUUCUUGAUUAUUGGUGUUGGCUCUGAUGAUGUAUUUAUCAUUAUCCAUGCUAUGCGUAAAACUGAUAAACGAAGGCCACUUGAGGAGCAGAUAGCUGAAACAAUGGAAGAAGCAGGUCCAUCAAUAACUGUAACAUCUGUCACUAAUAUCCUUUCCUUUGGGAUAGGCAUAUUGACACCAACGCCAGCCAUCUCUCUAUUUUGUCUAUACACUUGUGUUGGAGUAGCUAUUGACUUCAUAUAUCAACUCACCUUCUUCGUUGCUGCAUUGGUGUAUGAAGAAAUGCGGAUUUUGAACCCAGAAAAACCUCCUAUUGAGAAUUUGCCUAAGGAGAAAGAAAUAGUAACUGCACAGCUAUCUAUGCGCUCAGUCUAUCCUGCAGACCCUGAUGGAAUUGUGGCCAAGUAUUGCAGAAUCUUAAAAAUGUGGCAGGUGCAAGCUAAACUCCCAGAGAGCCAGAACCAAAGAUAAUU